AUGUGGGAAGGCAGUGGUAACAACUAUGCCUACCUGGUCUCAUGUGACAAAACCAAGGAAGCAGCCAUCAUCGAUCCGGCCAAUCCACCAGAAGUCGAGGAAGCCUUAGAAGGGAAGAUUGGAACCUCUGGCUUGAGGCUGAGGAACAUCAUCAAUACCCAUCAUCACCGCGAUCACGCUGGGGGUAACCAAGCUCUUAAAAGAACGUACAAUGUACCAAUUAUUGGCGGUCCAGAUUGUGCACUGGUCGAUUACACGCCGCCUCACAAGUCCAGCUUCAACAUCGGCAACAUCAAGUUCACUGCGCUACAUACUCCAUGUCACACCCAGGACAGCAUUUGCUACUUCGUUGAGGACGGUGAAGAUCGCGCAGUUUUUACCGGUGACACGCUCUUCAUAGGAGGAUGCGGACGUUUUUUCGAAGGCUCUCCCGAAGAAAUGCAUGAAGCGCUCAACAAGACACUUGCAGCGCUCCCCGAUGAUACUAGGGUAUACCCAGGCCACGAGUACACUAAAGGCAAUGUUAAGUUCGCGAAGAAAGUUCUCGACAAUGAGGCCAUUCAAAGGCUUGAUGCGUACUCGCAAGCUAACAAACAGACACAAGGCAAAUUCACUAUUGGCGAUGAGAAGCAACACAAUGUCUUCAUGCGUGUGGAUGACCCAAAGCUCAAGGAGAUCACCGGCAAAUCCGACCCCAUCGAUGUCAUGGGAGCACUACGCUCAAUGAAAGACGCUUCCUAG